AUGGAUUGUUGCUCGCAUGAAGCAACGAGAGCACUCGUGGAUGUUGAUGUGGAAGCUCUUGAAAAGCUUCAGAUUGAGUUAUUAGCGUCGAAUGAAAAGGAGAAACACGUGUUUAUAUACGACUGUGACGUUGCUGAUUCGAUAGCUGUAAGUGCAUGCCUUGCCUGUGUAAUUCGUCAUGUGGCUCCAAAACAUAUUAAUGUAUUGGUGAACAAUGCCGGUGUAGUAAUGGGCCGUCCACUGAAAGCUUUGACACCCGAGCAAAUUCAAAAAACCUUUGCAGUGAAUACGCUGGCACAUUUCUGGACGGUGAAAGCAGCACUAUCGUCAAUGAAGAAAGCACCGGAAGCACUGCUUGUAACGGUAUCAUCGGUCAUGGGGAUGAUGAGCAGUGCAGGACUGGCUGACUACUGUGCGAGCAAAGCUGCCGUCAAUGCUUUCCACGAAGCUGUACGUUUGGAGCUUUGGCACGACAACGUCAAGUCAAUUCGAACGCUUCUGAUCUGCCCUGCUGCAGUGGAUACUGGCAUGUUUGCUGGUGCCUUGGCUGCGAGCGAUUGGGCGCUCAAGAUCGCGCGCUUUUGCAUUCCUAUGCUUUCCGAAUCCGAAGUUGCUGACACGAUUUAUCGUGCCAUGAGAAACAGCAACACUGAGUUAGUAGUGUCGUGCUUUUCGGGCUGGAGACGGAUACCAUUGUCGUGGGCUCCUUCUAUCUCACGACUACUACCUGUAGCAUUGUAUGAUGUGGUGGUCCGAUUGGGUGGAGGUCUGAACGGCAUGGAUACAUUUGUUGGAAAGCAGUUGAGUCGCGAGAAUAAAAAGGAGAAGGUAAACUGA